ACCAACUUAUCGCAUGGUUGGCAAGGGAAAAGUGCACAAUACUUCGGGUGAAUUACUUCACCAUAAUCCCCUCCCGGUGGGAUUUAUGAAAGUUUCGGUUGACCUCGUAUUAGAUACGGACGCCCGUCUACCAUUACCUGACGUUGUUUCAGAGACAACGUUGAUGCGAGAUGCAGUCGGAUCCUUUGUUGGUUGGCCGUCAGAUCUAAUUUUCCCUGAUGCCGAGACUCCUACAAGACCCACACAUAAAGUUGGUAAAGUUUCAAGACGCAUCGAGUCGGUUGCAUCUCAAAAAGAGGUUCCCGGUCGAGAGUUGAAAAGCGCUGCUAAGGAUAUUCCAACGACGUCCGGGACAAAAUCUCAAAUUAUGAUGCGUCUUGAGAAAAUGGUGGAGGAAUUUUGA